ACAAAUGCCAGUUGUUUUUUUGUAGAGUCAAACCUGUGACAAAUCGUGUGCCGGGGUGGGUCAGAGUUUCAGGUGAAAAAGGAGGGUUAUACAAGCAGUCUGCCUCAGCCUAAGGCAGGUUUAUUGACUCCGGCAUUCAAGGCAACAUAUACAUACACACGAGAACACAUUGACCAUUCUGGUUUCAUACAUUCAUAAGUAAAGAGGCUCUAUCCAUAUACAGAGCUGAACCUGACGGCUGGGAGAGAUCGCUGUGUUACUGACGGAAAUCACUGUCCGCCUGUGGAUAUAAUCGCUGGACCACCUGCUGCUCGCCGAUGUCCGACUAGAAGAAAUGGGUACAUGCCACUUUGCGCUGCAUAGAAGGCCACAAAAGUCUUUGGACCAUGCCCUACUAUCUCUUCUAUUCCUGCUGUCUCACAUGGCAAUGUACACCUUCACAACAAAUGCAACUACAACACCACCCCCAGGAGUACAGACCAUGAGUACAGCAACAACAGCACACCAGGUUAUAACGUCAGGUUUAGUGACCACGAAUCUAACAACAAAUUCAGUAAUAAACACUAGCAGCACAACUUCCCUGACCAUACAGACCAGAGCUACUACUAAUACUACAGCAGUUCUAACAACAAAUUCAGUAGCAAACAAUAGCACCACAACUGCUAUAUUCCUGCAGAUCAAUGCUACUGGUACUACAACAGAAACGAAGAAGCCAUCAAGCACUUCAGAAGUGAACACAACCCCCAUAACUACUGCCACCCCGCUGGUCACAGAUUUUGUCAAUGCAACAAAUGGUUUAGUGAGCCAGAAUCUAACAACAAAUUCUGUAGCGAACACUAGCACAACAACUGUCAUGAUCCUGCAGAUCACUGCUACUGGUAAUACUACAGCAGGAACCGAGAAACCAUCAAACACUUCAGAAGUGAACACAACCCCAAUAACUACCGCCACUCCGCUGGUCACAGAUUUUAGCAAUGCUACAAAUGGUUUAAUGAGCCAGAACCUAACAACAAAUACAGCAGCGAACACUAGCACUACAACUGCCUUGAUCCUGAAUAUCACUGCUACUAGUAAUACUACAGCAGAAACUGAGAAACCAUCGAACACUUCAGAAGUGAACGCUACUCAAAUAACUACCAUCACCCCACUGGUCACAGAUUUCUCUCAUGCUACAAAUGGUUUAAUGAGCCAAAACCUAACAACAAAUACAGCAGCGAACACUAGCACUACAACUGCCUUGAUCCUGAAUAUCACUGCUACUAGUAAUACUACAGCAGCAAACUGGCCAGUGCAUUGCAACUUCUCUCGAAACUGUGAUAAUGAUUCUGUGUACUAUUGGAUGACAAUCAGUGUUGAAGUUAAUGGAUCUCAGACUGAGGAAAAUAUAUCUGCAUGGCUGCAGAAUCUGUUCAACAAUGAAAAUGAAUGUAGUCCUACACUUCCCACUGUUACACCCAGUGGUUCUACAUACAGCAUUAACAUUACACAAAAUGUCAGCUUAAUUACUCCAAGUCUGUUAAUCAAUGGGACACUUGAAAACGGCAGUGUGUCAAACGGAAGUGAAACCUCUACAAAUAUAUUCAAGAAUUUGACAGUUAUAUGUGUGAAUAAGACUGAUAUAAGGCAGACCACAUGCACUGUAUUGUUGCAAUUAUCACAACCAACCAAUACAUGCUGCAUUAUACAAACCGUGAGCACUGCCCAGAGUAAAUCAUCCAUCAAGGCCUCAGUAGUUGGAGACAGUGUAGAGCAAGUUGUAAAAGGGAUCUGUCAUAGCAGUACUGCAGGAUCGGUAGUUGGAAGCUUUGAGAAGUGCAAUGGUUCUUUUAGCCCUGAUGUUCCCUGCAAUUCAAAUGCCACUGUUAAUGUGUCAUGCAAUGGAAACAGUGAAACGGCAUAUGUUUCCCUUACCAUUCCAGACCAAAUAAACUCCACGUUUGAAAACAAUACAUACACUUGUAACUGUUCCUCCUAUUGCAGCGGGACAGCUGCCUAUUAUCUUGUGGAUUUUCAGACUUCAGACUUCAAUUUUAAUAUAACGCAAAUAUUAAGAAAUCCCACAUGUAACAUCACUGAUCCUGAUUGCCAGGUUUUGAAGAAGCUGUCUCAAAUCUAUGAAAAGUCUACUAUGACCUGUGAUACAAGCCUGCAACGAUGCACCAUUAUUUUAAAACUAAGCAAGCCCAUAGACGUGUGUUCACUCAGCACAGCACUACUGGGUACAUUUCAAAACCAGAACAUCAUGGUUAUUAAUGGAACUGUCACCAGAGUGGCCAUAUGCAGCUGGAAAUACGAUCUAAAUACAGAUCUUUUGCAACCAGACAUAUUGCCCAUGCCCAUAUUUUCUGAUGUCUGUUCAGUUGGACGAGAAAACAUUAUUUUAAAUUACUGCAAAAAAGGAACAAAUGUAGCUGUACCUCUGAUGGCGACAUGCAACACAAUCCCAGGUAAUUCUGCCUCCACGAGCAUGCCACCAUCAACUGCAAACAGCAACAUAACUACAGCCUCUGAUACGGCUACCUUGACUAUAUCAGGCUCCACAGACUCAUCAACCAGUGCAGAAGCAACAGCUGAAGGUCUUCUGAAUCUAAGCAGGAAUGCAUCUUCUCUAAACUCCACACAGAUACAGCAGAUCUUAUCUCUGCUAGAGUCAGUUCUUUCUGGGCCCACAAUUAGCUUGGCUUUGGGAAACUUGUCUAUCAACAUUGUCAGCAGUCUUAUAGAUGCACCUCCUAAUGUACUGGCAUCCAGUUCCAACAGGAUCAUUGGCAUUGUGGAUACUGUUGGCUUGAAGCUGGUUGUGCAAGGACAAACUCAAACUAUUCUCUCUCCGUCUGUGGCUCUGGCAGUGAAAUUGCUUAAGGGGUCCAUUUUUCCAGAGACCACAUUCAUUAUCAGUGAUCCCUCCAACUUGCAGAUUGACCCCAAGAUGAAGGGGACUGAGCCCAGCUCUCCUCAGGGUUCCAUAACUCUUCCUGCUUCCCUCACAGAGAACCUCACUUCUCAGGAACAGCAAUUGGCCUCAAGAGUACAGUUUAAUUUCUAUCAGAAGACCACUCUUUUCCAGGAUAAGGCAUUAAACAUGAGCCGACUGAUCAGUGGGGUUCUUGGCUCCACUGUGGCUAACUUGUCCAUCUCUAAUUUGAGAGAACUAAUAGUUUUUACCUUGAACACAGAAACUUUUCCCGUUAACUCGUCGCGUUUAUGUGUAUUUUGGAAGUUCGACUUAAAUGGUGGCUCUGGUGGCUGGAGCACAGACGGCUGCAUAGUACUGAACUAUACUAAAACUGAGACGAUUUGUGGCUGUAACCAUAUGACCAGCUUUGGUGUGCUCUUGGACCUUUCCAGAGGCAAGAUAAACAGUCCUUUACAGAACAUCAUCCUAACCUACAUUACCUAUAUUGGCUGUGGCAUCUCUGCCAUUUUUCUCUCUGUCACCCUGAUGACUUAUCUGGCAUUUGAGACACUGCGUAAAGAUAUUCCAUCAAAAAUUGUAAUCCAGCUAUGUUUGGCUUUGCUUCUGUUGAACCUGACAUUCCUAUUGGAUGCUUGGCUGGCCCUGUACCCAAAUAUUUUGGGUCUUUGCAUCUCCACUGCUUUCUUUUUGCACUACUUCCUGUUGGCAUCUUUUACUUGGAUGGCCAUGGAGGCUAUCCAUAUGUACAUGGCCCUUGUUAAAGUUUUCAAUACCUAUGUGUCCCGCUUCAUGGUCAAAUUAGGACUCGCUGGCUGGGGUAUUCCUCUAAUUGUGGUCAUUAUAGUCAUCGCUAUUGAUAAAAACAAUUAUGGACUAGUGUCUUAUGGGAAGUUUGAAGAUGGAACCUCAGAUGAAUUUUGCUGGCUUAAGAAUGAUACAGCCUACUAUGUUGCAGUGGUGGCAUACUUUUGUGUUUGUUUCCUACUGAACCUUAGCAUGUUCAUUGUGGUAAUGGUUCAGCUUUGUCGCAUUAAAAGGCAAAAUCCACAUAAUCUACAGCAUCGCAGUAUCCUACAGGACCUGCGGAGUGUGGCAGGUCUUACUGUUCUUCUCGGCCUCACUUGGGGAUUUGCCUUUUUUGCCUGGGAUGCUGUCAAUCUGCCUUUUAUGUACCUGUUUGCCAUCUUUAACACACUGCAAGGCUUCUUCAUUUUUGUGUUCCAUUGUGCUGUGAAAGAGAACGUCAGAAGACAGUGGAGACUACACCUGUGCUGUGGAAAUCUGAGGCUAGUUGAAAACUCAGACUGGAGCCACACUGCUACACAGAGGAUUAGGAAAUCCACCGUAAACAGAAUUGCUUCUUCAUUCAGAUCAGUGAAAUCAUCCAAGUCCAACAACUCAUCUAGUACCUUCUUAGUCACUGACAGCUCAGGAUUAGACAGGUCAAUGGGUAUUGGCAGCCCAUUAGAUGACCGUGAAAUCACAGAGCAGGAGGAACCCAGUUCAGAUGUUGUUCUGAAUGAGAUUAACCACAGGUACAGGAGCCAGAGAUCCCUCUGACCUAAAAUGCAACAAUAAAAACUAUGUUGUAAUUUAA